AUGUCACUCAACGUAUUAACACCUCAAUUGAAGAAAGCUUUCGACGAGCAGGACUAUUCGCUCUGUCUAAAGCUCUUGCCCAAGAUCAAAGUAGAGUUGGCCAGGUUCAACUUGUUGGUUCCAGUCACCAGCAGCGAUGGCAAAAAGUUCAAUCCUGAAGAUUUGCUUGUCACCAGAUACAUCUUGGAGAUUGGUGCUUUGGCUUCUAUUAAUUUGAAGGACUACAAGGGGUUUCAAAACUAUAUCAAUCAGUUGAAGCCAUUUUAUAAGCAGAAUUUUAAGAAAAAUUUAAAAUCUCAAAACCAGAAAAAAAUCAUGGCGUUGUACUUGCUAUUAUUACUAUCGAGGGGCGAAAUUGCUACUUUUCAUAUUGAAUUGAUUUCUUUGCCAAAUAAGAAUUUGGAUUUGAAAGAAAUCGAGAAUGAUUUAUACUUGAAUUAUCCUAUAAAGAUUGAAAGAUGGUUAAUGGAAGGCUCCUAUGACAAAAUCUGGAAACUAAUCAACGAUAAUAAUUCAUCGAAACAAUUGAAAGAAUUUCAAAUUUUCAAUAGCGAUUUAAUUAAAGCAAUUAGACUUGAAAUUAUAGAUUGCAUUGAAAAGACAUAUGAAAAUAAAAAAUUGGCAUUAAGUAACGUUAAAAAUCUAUUAUUUUUAAAUAACGAACGAGAAGUGAUUGAUUUAAUUAAUGAAGAGACAAACUGGGUUCUUCAAAAUGGCUUUGUUUAUUUC